UAUAGGCGUCGGCAACUUCGUGUGUGACUACGUUUGCACUGUACUCUCCAACGCCACUUGCAUUGGCGACCAAGUACGUAUAAUGAAACAAAGAAGAACGACACGUUUCCGAUUUCCGGCCUUUUUUUUUUUUUGGCCUGCCUGCCUUGCGCUGAGUUUUGCGUGUACAUGAAAUAUGUCAUCGGGAUAACAUAACAGGAUGACGUAAGCGCAGCGUCCUUGUUGUCUUUUCCCUUGUCUUGUGAUUUGCACUCAAUACCAUUAUGACGUAACCGGGCUGUAAUGUGGCUAUAGGAAGCAGGUAGGCCCAAAGAUUUUUUGGAAAUUUUUAAGGCUGUCAGUCGUUCCUUACUUUUGUGUAAAGAGCAUGACAUGCUAGGCUUUUUUCUUCAGUGGAAAUUAUUCAUGAGGCAUAUCAUUUGCAAAAGAGGGCACUGCGGGUAUUUGAGGAUGGCACCUACGGUCGUACUUCAACAUGUAACUCGCCCUUCGCGCAGCCAGUCUUUCUUGAGAACUCACCUACUUACUGGUCGGACACUGGAGGCAUAGGUACUCAUCUAUGUCAUACUUUUGUGCCACACUGCUUUGGUCAACACUUAUCUAUUCGAAAUUUAAAUUAUAACAUUCACAUGCAUUUCACCUUGCACAGCGCUGAACAUCGGUGCAAAGUCGCACACAAGCCCGUUUUAUGCGAGGCUCGCGCUGGAGCACUGUGCAGCGUGUUGGAGUAACUGUACGCUGACCCACGCAAAUUACGUAUAUCGUCGCAUUUUUUUUUUUUUUUUGCGUUGUCGCGGGAGCGCCUUCCCGGCCUACUACGUCCUCCCUGUUCCUGUCUGCCUGCAAAGCUUUCCCCGAGUCGUAAUGGAACAGAAAACCCAAGAUUCACCAAAACGCAAGAGUGUCUGACGAGCGCCGUGUGUCUCGUUCUGACCCAGAAUCCCGGACCCGUUCUGAGAGCGCCACUCGAAGACACUAGACGACGCUUCCCACAAGUACAAACUCUACAAGAACUGAAGAAACCGGUGUAAAGAUGGCAUUUCAGUGGUCUCAAGUCGUGGCCCCGCUGUUGCUCUUGUUCGGAACGCUGCUGUCGGGACUGCUUCCCAUCUGGCUCGUCAAGAGGCUCAGCAUGGCGAGGUGGGGCAGCAAGGCGUUCGCGUUCCUCGUCUGCAUCGGAGGUGGCGUACUGUUCGCCACGAGUUUCCUGCACCUUCUGCCCGAAGUGCGCGAAGGAUUCGAGAAGUUGACGACGGACUUUCCCGUCACCGAAGGUGUCGUCUGUGUGGGCUUCCUCGCCGUCUACGCGCUGGAAGAGAUCGUCCACGCCUGCCUGGGACACAGUCACCACACCUCCGGCCACGGUCACUCGCACACGGCCGCUGUAAUGAACUGCAGCCACGAUGCGGAGCAACCUCCCCCGGUGCACGAGAACGGCGUGGAGAACAAGCAGAGCUUCUCGGCGGACGCUGUGGCUGACGAGGACCACGGCACGCAGCGCUUCUCUCUCGGCAGCGUGCUAAUCGUGGUGGCGCUCUCGUUUCACUCCAUCUUCGAGGGCCUCUCCCUUGGCCUGCAGUCGACGGACCAGGCCACCUGGAUCAUGUUCCUCGCCAUCUCCAUCCACAAGUUCGUCAUCGCGUUCGUCGUGGGCUUCGACAUGAAGGCGAGCCACAUGCGAACGCGCACCAUCCUCAUCUACAUAGCCGUCUUCUCGGUGAUGUCGCCGCUCGGCGCGCUCAUAGGAGCCGUGACCAAGAACAAGCUCGAGGACUCGCCCGUGGUCGCCGGACUCAAUGGUGUCGCGACGGGCACGCUCUUGUACGUGACUUUCUUCGAAGUCCUGCAGAGGGACAAGAACAGUCAGCUGAGCGGAGUGCUGCAGCUGCUCGCAGUUCUGCUCGGCUUCGGUAUCAUGUUGACGCUAGUCCUUGUUUUACCUCAUGACUGAGUGAAAAAAAAAGCUCGUGUUUUUUGUUGUUGUUGUGAGUGUUGUAUAGGUAAGCAUUGAUUCUGCAGGUCAGGACCUUUGAAAUAGAUCUGUAUGAAACGAAAUAACCGUCGGCGAACAACUUAUAUUCAAUGUGAUACAACGUGCCAAUCGUGGUGCAGCUGAACGUAAAUGCAACAAUGCAAUCGCGCAUAAUGUAGAUAUGUUAAGAGGGUUAUUUUUUGCAGUGGAGAUGCGUCGCGUUUGUGAGCUCUGCGUUUCACGCAUAUUUAACAACGGCAACGUUCUUAGAGGUUUUACUCGUGUUUGAGUAAGAUGUCAACGUAAAGCACUGUGGAUUAUAAGACAGUGUGUAAACACUUCCCAAAGUGUUGUUGCUAAAUGUUGUGUGCACUAAAGUUCAAAGCGAAUUUGACUUCAACUCAGCAUUUUAAAGCCAUUCAUGUGUGUGUUUCUCUUGUCAUCGCCAUUACUGUCUGAUUGUUUGUUUGAUGCAAUAAAAAGCACGUCUGAAAUCAUGCCGCGUGAACAUGGCGCGAGAGACAUCUUUCUUUAUGUUAGAAUAUUGAAAGUCUGUUUUCAAUAACGCAUCAUUGCAUCGUUGAAUAAUAACAGUUUGCCCUGCUGAAAUAAAUA